AUGGCGAUUACAGACAUCGAAAACGGGGAUAAUAAAUCCCCCGAAGAUUUGAAGGAACCAUUCAUUGUUAAUACAUCAAGAAAUGUAAAUAGUUCCCAAGAAACCGAUCAGAAUGGUACGAUCAAGAUGGCCCUUCUAAGCACUGCUGUUGCGGUUUGUGGUUCAACCGAAUUUGGAGCAUGUGUGGGAUUUUCGGCUCCUACUCAACUUGCUAUUUGCCAAGAUUUGAAUUUAUCGGUUGCCGAGUUUUCUCUUUUUGGUUCGAUAAUAACAAUUGGUGCAAUGAUUGGAGCUGUUACGAGCGGAAGAAUUGCAGACACAAUUGGUCGAAAAGGGUCCAUGGCAUUAUCGGCGGUUAUCUGUAUCGCAGGAUGGCUUGCAAUUUUUAUGGCCAUGGGGUCAGUUUUACUUGAUACGGGCCGGUUUUUCACUGGAUAUGGCAUAGGGAUCUUCACUUUUGUGGUUCCAGUAUAUAUCGCGGAAAUAUCACCAAAAGAGCUACGUGGAGGUCUCACCACCCUCAAUCAGUUUAUGAUUGUUACCGGUUCAUCGAUAUCAUUCUUGUUGGGAACCGUUGUUUCAUGGAGAACUUUAGCUAUAACUACUGGACUUGCUCCUUGUAUUCUUUUGAUCGCGGGCCUGUUCUUUAUUCCGGAGUCCCCUCGUUGGCUGGCUAAGGUGGGGCGUAAAGUGGAAUUCGAAAAUUCUUUACGCAAGCUACGUGGAGAAAAAGCAAAUAUUACUGUGGAAGCCAAGGAGAUACAAGAGACUAUACUUACUCUUCAAAGUCUUCCUAAAGCGAGAUUAUUGGAUUUGUUCGAACCCCAAUACAUAAAGCCAGUCAUUAUCUCUGUUGGACUAAUGAUAUGCCAACAAUCCGGAGGAAUCAAUGGAAUAGGAUUCUAUGCAAGCGAAACCUUUAUAUUUGCUGGACUUAAAUCGGGCAAAAGUGGAACCAUUGCCUACGCCUUAAUUCAGAUUCCUAUAACAAUUGUCGGUAUGGUCUUAUUGGACAAAUCGGGAAGAAGAGUUUUGCUUUUGGUAUCUUCAUUCGGGACAUGUCUAGGUUGUUUUAUCACCGGAACUGCAUUCUUCUUCAAGGGUCAAGGCAUUUUACUGGAAUGGGUCCCGUUUCUUGCUGUCUCGGGCGUUCUAUUGUUCAUAGCAUUUUUUUCGGUCGGGAUGGGAGCAAUACCAUGGUUGAUCAUGUCUGAGAUAUUCCCGUUGCACAUAAAAGGUGCCGCAGGGAGCUUGGUGUGCAUAGUUAAUUGGUUGGGUGCGUGGGUUGUUUCUUACAGUUUUAACUUCCUCAUUAACUGGAGUCCUGCAGGUACAUUUUGGUUGUUUGCGGGAUUUGGUGUUCUUAACAUUAUUUUUGUAGCGAAAUUAGUGCCCGAAACCAAAGGAAAAAGCUUGGAGGAAAUUCAAGCGUCUCUUUAACUCUUAACGAUCGAUAUAGAUAAAGGCU